AUGACUGGCCAGUUGCGCAGUGCUUUGAAAUGUCUGGCUAAUGGCUUUGUGCUUCAAGGUCUUUUGCUCUGUUUCAGGAGUAGAUGUAUCUCCAAUGAGGGGGAGUUUUUGCUCAUUAUGAUUCUUGGAGUUCUCAGCCACUUCUUUAAUUUCCAUGACCUGGCACCCUUGGAUUCUUGCUACACACUUCUUCUUUUUAGCUUCCGGCUCACGUUACAGGUGAUGGUUGAUGGAUGUGUUCCUGACAAGGCAAUACAGAGUGCUGUGGUUGUUGAAUUUGGGAUUGAAGAAAGGUAUGGGAAGCUUUUGAGUUGUUAG